AUGCAUCGAUCGCGACCAUCCGAUCAGUCAUUGGAAACGACUAGAACUGGUGGAUGUGGACGACUAUGCUCAGUAAUUAGUGGCAAUGAAAUAUGGACGGGACAUCACUUUAACUUCAAUUUUUUUUUUAGUUACGCCUUGUUGCAUGCUUCUCGCAAAACUUUAAGUACGGUUAAAGGAUCUCUGAUCGAACUGUGGACGCAUAAUGAAACAUUGUUCCCAACCGCAUCGUCGGCGCAAUCAUUUCUUGCUUUACUCGACGGUGGUUUCCUGGGCGCCUAUGCUGUUGGCCUCUACGCUGGUGGGGUUUUAGGUGAUCGUUAUGAUCCUGCAAAGGUUUUAGGCAUAGGAAUGUUUUUGUCUGCACUAAUGGUUUUCCUUUUUGGGACUUUUACGGAAUGGUUGCAUCUGUACUCCAAAAUUUUUUAUGCCUCGAUGUGGAUCGGAGGCGGUCUCAUCCAGUCGGUUGGAUGGCCUACUGAGGUAAAUUUUUACUGA